AUGUUCUGUUAGUCCUAUACAUGUUUUGUUAGAUUGACACACAUGUAUUUCAAUUUUUUUAGUUGAUUGUAAAUGGUAUUAUAUUUCUAAUUUCCAUGGCCACAAGUUCAAAGUUAGUGUACAGAAUUAAUUACAAUAGACUUUUACAUGUUUAUCUUAUAGCCUGUCUGUGAUGUUGCCAAACUCAUUUAUUAGUCCUAGGAGUUUUUUGUAGAGUCUUUGGGAUUUUUUUUCUACCUAACAACAUCAUCCGGAAAUAAGGAGAGUUUUAGUUCUUUUGUGUGUCUGUCUGUUUUUUAUUUCCUUUCUUCCUUUAUUGCACUAGCUAGAACUUCCGGUACUAUGGUCCAUAGUGAGAGGGGGUAUCCUUGCUUCGCUCACAGUCUUAGAGAGAAAGCAUUCGCUCUUUGUAACACGGAGUCCCCUGUUAGAUCUGGUGCCGAUCUGUGUGUGGUGGCCUGUUAUAAAUACUCUUUGUGGGAAAGGAGCAGUCUAGUGAUUUGAUGAACCGUCUCCUCUAAACGCACUUCCCCUGCUGGAAAUAGAUUCUGGUUUGUGAGCGUGAAGGGUGAGGAAGGAAGACCUUAGAAUUUGCAGUCGGAGCACGCAGAUUUAUAUGUUGGCUCCCCUACCUUGUAGCUACAUGGCCUGGGCAGAUUCUGUACACCUGUCAAGGCCCAGUUCCUCCUCCGCAAAAAAGGGAGAAGAGCACCAUCCUCUGGCCCGCCUCUGGGAGUGCAGGCGUCCCGGGGAGUACUUCUGUCCCUGACAGCGCUGGCCCUGCCGCCCAGUAGGAGCUGGGAAACCGCCCCAGUUUGAUUUUUAAAAAAUGGAUUUGGCCAACCAUGGACUUAUUCUCCUGCAACAGUUAAACGCUCAGCGAGAGUUUGGUUUCCUGUGUGACUGCACGGUUGCCAUCGGCGAUGUGUACUUCAAGGCACACAAAUCAGUUCUCGCUUCAUUCUCCAAUUACUUUAAGAUGUUGUUUGUCCAUCAGACCAGUGAGUGUGUGCGUUUGAAACCCACGGACAUUCAGCCGGACAUCUUCAGCUAUCUCCUCCAUCUGAUGUACACUGGAAAGAUGGCCCCCCAGCUGAUCGAUCCUGUCCGGCUGGAACAGGGGAUCAAGUUCCUGCACGCUUACCCGCUGAUCCAGGAAGCCAGCCUGGCCAGCCAAGGAGCCUUUUCUCAUCCCGACCAAGUUUUCCCGCUGGCCUCUUCCCUAUACGGCAUUCAGAUCGCGGAUCAUCAGCUGAGGCAGGCCACCAAGGUCGCGGCGGCCCCCGAGAAGCUGGGGCGGGAGCCGCGGCCGCAGACGUCCAGGAUGAGCCAGGAGCAGGUGCCCGAGGCCCCGCCGCUGUCCAACCUGGCGCCGGCGAAUCGGACACAUCUGACCCCCGCUGACCCGCUGCAGACCUCGCUGUCACCGGAACUCGUUUCCACUCCCGUGCCUCCCCCGCCCCCCGGGGAGGAGACCAAUCUGGAAGCCUCCUCCUCCGACGAGCAGCCCGCGUCGCUGACCAUAGCCCACGUCAAGCCGAGCAUCAUGAAGAGGAACGGGAGCUUCCCCAAGUACUACGCCUGCCACCUGUGCGGGCGGCGCUUCACCCUGCGCAGCAGUCUGCGGGAACACCUCCAGAUCCACACCGGGGUGCCCUUCCCGGCCAGCCAGCCGGGAGAAAGCCGCGUGCCGCUGUCCCUCUGCAGCAACGCAGGCGACCUGGGAAAAGACGCCCUGGAGGCGCCUGAGGCCGGGAUGAUGAGCGACAGCGAGCUGCAGCACAUCUCCGACUCCCCGGUCAUCGACGGGCAGCAGCACUCGGAGACGCCCCCGCCCUCGGACAUCGCGGACAUCGACAACCUGGAGCAGGCGGACCAGGAGCGGGAGGUCAAGAGGCGCAAGUACGAGUGCACCAUCUGCGGCCGCAAGUUCAUCCAGAAGAGCCACUGGCGGGAGCACAUGUACAUACACACCGGGAAGCCUUUCAAAUGCAGCACUUGUGACAAGAGUUUUUGCAGGGCCAACCAGGCCGCCCGGCACGUGUGCCUCAAUCAGAGCAUCGACACCUACACCAUGGUGGACAAACAGACUCUGGAGCUCUGCACGUUCGAGGAGGGCAGUCAGAUGGACAACAUGUUGGUACAAACCAACAAACCCUACAAAUGCAACUUGUGUGACAAAACGUUCUCGACUCCCAGUGAGGUUGUGAAACAUUCGUGCCAAACCCAGAACUCGGACGUUUUCGCCCUGGAUGAGGGGCGGUCCAUCCUCCUGGGCAGUGGGGACGCAGAAGUGACGGAACCCGACCACCCAGUGUUAGCGUCCAUCAAAAAGGAACAGGAAACAGUGUUGUUAGACUGAAUGUACCCUGUCUUUUUAAAAACUGUCAUUUUUACAGAGACUGUCCCCUUUCCCUUGCCCCCAAUUCAGAACUGUAGUUUUCCAUGGCAUGAUACACACAGGUCCCUGGUCCCUGUGUCCUCACCAGCCCCGCCCUCCCUAACCCCCAGCCCUUCCUCCCUAAAGGCUUUGUGCAUUAUAAACCUGGAACAUGUUUACUUUAAUUCAGGGGACAUUGGAAAGAUAAUGGUCAGUAGUACUUAUAAACUCAAAUCGAUUUUGAGACGUUUUAGGUGAUUUAAAAGCCAACUUGGAACUAAUGAAGGGUAUAUUAACAAAACACAACAACUAGAAUGCAAUUUGGUAAACUAAAAUUAUGACUUUCCCUGGGUAAGAAGUCUUCCUUCUCAGAAAGUGUCAGAAAAUACAGCCGGCUUCUUAGAGACGCAGCUGAGCUCUGUACUAUGCAAAAUCUAGAAGGUGGAGGGGGACUUGAAACCCAAGAAAACCCUCUUAGUAUUUAUUCUCCAGGUGUCUUAUUUCAGAAUGCAUCCUUUGAGAUUAUGUCCAGACAAGAAAAAAAUCAUUAGUUAAGAAAUCUCCUUGAACAGAACACAAACGAGAGACAGUAAUAAUGUGAUGGCAAUCUUAAUUUUGGGAUAGAACAUGACAAAGCUGUGAGUUGGGUGUGUUUAUAAGAGAAAAUGUAUGGGUAUUUGCUAUAAACAGGUGAAUUAAUGCACAUGCCUUAGCUAAUUGCUGGCUUCUUUCAAAGUUGAACAGUAACCAAAUGCUCUUGUUUUAGUUUCUGAGAAAUCUGUUGGCUGUUUUAAAAAUCAGAUUUGAAAGUCCUAUUCAAUAGAUUGUCUUUCCGAACAGAAAAUGACAUGUCAUUCCAGCAGCUGCCAGUGUUGUUUGUUUUAGCACCAGCCCGCUGCCUCCAGUGUGUGUACAUAGGAGUUCAUGGGAAGAAGGACCCAGGAGUAUGUGUCUUAGAGGGGAAGUUGUAAGCAAAACAUGUAGUAACUGUCAUGACUUCAAAAGCUAAUGCUAAUAGUUUCCUGGCAACAUUCAUUGAAGCAUCAAAAAUGGCAAAGAAAAAUCAGGACAAAAACACCUAAUUGCUGUUUGGGAGGGGGGAACACAACAACUUGAUUUUGAUGUUAGUCUCCACUUUUUUUUUUUAAACACCUGAAAUCUCCAUUGGCCCAAAAGCAGUAAACCACGUCCAUUAAUCUUUCCUUAGGCCAGUAACAGAAUGAUCUGACAGGACUAAGCAGGAGCCAGAAAUAAGGACCGAAGGGGAAAGGGAAAAACAGUUCAUAGCUGUGCUGUACGUAUAUGUUAAAACCUGAAUAUCCCGUCAUCCUGUUUCAUGUAUAGUUGAGUUCUCAGAUUUGUAAGUUUUUAUACAUACUUUCAUGGAAUAAACAUUUAAUUAAAUGAGUA